AUGGCCGACCUUUCCACCACGGCCCCGCUGAACCGCGCCUCCGUCCAGGCCGCCCACGCCCUCAUCGUUCCGCACAUCCACCGAACCCCCGUCGUCACCUCGCAGACACUCACGACCCUGGCCUCGACGCCCCGGGCCGACCUCGCCUCUACGCGCUUCGCCGGCCGCACGCCCGCCAAGCCUACUCUGCGUCUGUGGUUCAAAUGCGAGAACCUGCAGCGCAUGGGCGCCUUUAAAGCCCGCGGCGCGUUCCACGCUCUGGGCAAGCUGCUACAAGAGCCGGGCUGGGUCGAGGGCGGCGGCAAGCAACGUGGUGUCGCCACGCAUUCCUCCGGGAAUCAUGCGCAGGCGCUCGCGCUCGCGGCCAAGGAGCACGGCAUCCCCGCGCACAUCAUCAUGCCAUCCAUUUCCGCACCCGCCAAGAUUGCCGCCGCGCGGGGCUACGGCGCGCACAUUGUCUUUAGCGGGAGCACCUCGUCGGAGCGGCAAGCCGUCGCCGACCAAGUCGUCGCCUCCACCGGCGCGCGCUUCGUUCCGCCCUACGACCACCCCGAUAUCAUGCUCGGCCAGGGCACACUGGGUCUCGAGCUUCAAGCCCAAGCCUCUGAAAUCAUGACCUCUCCCAACCGUCCCUACGCCGGCAGCAAGACUGGCCUCGACGCCAUCAUGACGCCCUGUGGCGGCGGCGGCAUGCUCUCGGGCGUGGCACUCUCGUGUGAAGCCACGGGCAUCCGCGUCUUUGGCGCCGAGCCCUCGUAUCAGGGCGCCGACGACGCCAAGCGCGGCUUCGAGAGCGGCGCGCGCAUCGAAGCCGUCUCGUCGCUGACAGUCGCCGACGGCCUGCGCACGCCGCUCGGUGCGCACCCGUGGGACGUGGUGUACACGCGCGGCCUGGUCGACGGCAUGUACAGCGUCAGCGAGGACGAGAUUGUCGCGGCGAUGCGGCUCGUGUUUGAGCGCAUGAAGAUGGUGGUGGAGCCGAGCGCGUGCGUGCCGCUGGCGGUGGCGCUGUUUGAUGAGGAGUUUCGCGCCAUGGUGGAGAGGGAGGCGGGCGAGGAGGGCUGGGAUCUGGGCAUCGUGCUGAGCGGAGGCAACGUGGGCGCGGAUACGCUGGGGAAGCUGUUUGGCGUGCGCGAGGACUGA